GGGGUUUUUGGGAUUUUUGUAGAUCACGAACGUUUGGGUGCUUUGUUACAUGGUUCAGAACGCAGCAGUGUACAGAUACUGAAUGAUUCAUUGCGUAUGGGAACCAUGUUGCGGCCAUUACUUGUUAUAAAAGUCGUGCAUGCCCCUACCGAUCGCGCAAAAGCUUUCCACCUUGCGACGCUAACCGUGUUGAAGGAGCCCCACUUUACGAGGGAGCAUGUGACGAUUAAGGAUUGGUUUCGUCUCGUGGGAGAUGUGUUUGAUUGGGAGAUGAUUCAGCACGGAAAACUCCCGUAUCGGCUGCACCUCGAACACUCUGCCAAGCGAAGCUCGACACCCGUAAACCCGGAAGGCACCAACGACAUGACCCCACAGCACGGAUAUUUGGAUUUAAUUGUUCGUCUAAAAAAAACAGUUGUAGAGCGCCCGGAACGUCCCCCUUGCAGUGGGGAUUGGUACGAAUGGAUAUGGGGAUGUCUUGCUUUGGAGCGACUGAAGCCAUUGCUGGUGGAUACUGGUGACAAGAAAGUUCCGCCCAAGUCCGCUGCAAAGACCAAGCGCGGCCAGCGUGGACCAAAAGACAUUAUGGAACGCCGUGCCCAAUCGCUUCAACCUCCCAAGGCGGAGACGAGUACCGCCACAAAGCGUCGACGAUGUAGCUCGGCUCCUGAAGCCCGAUCUGCCAAAAAGAUUGCCAUAAACGUUCAGCAAUCGUCCCUACGCGACGAGAUGACGCCGUCGUUACGCGAAAGCCAAUCACCACCUACUCCAAAGCAUAAAGUGGUUGAUAGGUCCUCACGGGACUCUGGUCAAUGCAAGCAGACCGUGUCAGUACCAGCUCAGGAAUGGGGAGGGGGCGGUGGAUCCUUAUGUGACUCCCAUCGGUGGACACAGACGAUAUCAACAAUAGAUCCUGACCUUGCAGUAAACGACCGCUGUGUAAAGGUUAUGUUGGCGAACAGUACCUAUUGGUCUUGGUUGGAUUCCCAAUUGUGCGUGAUUUGGUUAUUGUUACAGGACCCGGACGGAGAGCAGGUGCUUUUCCGCGCCUACCAGGAUGGUUCUAACAGGAUUGCUUCCCUACAACAGACCAAUUACACCCUUGUGGAGGAUCUUAAUGGAAGACUAGGGUGGCUGUCUGAGGUAGGUCUUUGUGCAUAUAUAUAUAUAUAUUAUAAUGUUUGAGAACAUCUUGUUCUCAAACAAUAUACUUAUGGUGCGGGUAGGAUGACCGGGAUGUAGGGGGCCAGAGAUUUGUUUCCUUUGCCAACAAGGAUCUUUGCAAUCAAGUGAUAGACGACACAACCGAUGAAGAUUUUGAGUACGGCAAAGUUCAUGGCGCAGAUACCCACUCUACCCUCCUCUGGGAUUUACCAUCACCACCCAACCUUCCGCCCCAAGCAAGGAUCCCCCGCGAACUUCUCAUCCCGAGCUCUUCCUCAUGGGACAUUCCGCAAGGACAGCGUGUGAUGUUGGAAAGGGCUAUAAAAGACAGCAUUACAGCACUUUACAGGAUAGGAUGCUGUCCAAUGCCUGGAGAACCGAUGGACUGGAACAAUUUGGAUGAAGAAGGGUUCUACACCGUAAGUCCAUUUUGUUCUUUUUGUCAAUAACCCACAACUCUCGAACAAAUGCACGUACUUGC